AUGGGAGCGUGCGCCGCCCGCCCGCGUCGGAUCGUCGACGCCGCCGCCGCCCCCGACGACGCGAUCGGCGUGGACGUGGACGCGAACCUCGCGCGCGCGAUACUCGCGAGCGCGCCGUGCCUUCGAACGCGGUCCGCGCUCGCGCAAGUCUCGCGCGCGUUCGCCGCCGCCGCGAGGGACGUCGCGUCCCUGCCCGCGACGCUCGAUCUCGACGGCGCCGACGCCGCGCGCGCGCGCGCCGCGGCGCGGUCGAUCGACGACGCGAUAUUCGCCACCCUCCCGCGCGCGACGCUCGAGAACGUCCUCCGCGCGCGCCCGCUCGAGCUCGAACGACGCGUCGCGCUCUUCGCCGCGUUCUGCGGCCGCGUCGACCUCCUGAAGACGCUCCGUCGCCGCGGCGUCGCGCUCGACGCCGACGUCUGCGCCGCCGCGGCGACCGGCGGGCGCGCGGACGUCCUCGCGUGGCUCGUCGAGCGCGAGGGCGCGGCCGCGGCGUGGGACGUUCGCGUCUGCGCGCUCGCGGCGCGUCACGGCCACCUCGACGUCUUGCAGUACGCGAUAGAGCGCGACUGCCCGUGCGACGCGUCGCACGUCCGCGUCCUCGCGCGCGAAGGGAUGCACACGGACGUCGUCUCGUGUCUCCGCGUGAUGGGCGUGUGGACGAAGGUCCCGGAGCGAGGGAGGGACCUCGUGCGUCGAAAGGCGCUCGCACCGCCGCCGCCGCCGCCGCCGCCGCGGGGGGGAGGGGCGACUUCCACGGGCUCGAGGGGCGUCGCCGCCGGGUCCGGGUCCGCGCCGCCGACGCCGCGGCUCGCGCGGUGGCAGCCCGAGCUCGUGCGCGCGGUCGCGCUCGCGGUCGCGGUCUUCGUCGGCGCCGCGCUGGUCGUCGCCGCGGUGAUCGUCGCGGCGGUGGUGCGCGCGUUCGUGCCCGUCGUCGGCGUCGCCGCCGUCGCCGCCGUCGCCGCGGACGCGGCGGAGUGGCGCGCGGAGACGAUGGCGAACGGCAGCGCGGGGACGGCGGGGGUUGGGACGACGACGGCGACGGCGACGACGGCGGCGGCGACGCGGAGCGUCUGA